AUGGGUGGCCACGUCGAUGUCGCCGCCUAUUUCCGGCACAAGCACAACAUCGACCUGAAGUAUCCGGAGCUGCCCUGCAUCCAGCUGGGCAACGCACGUACCUGCAUUCCCAUGGAGUUCGUCGUCGUCAUGGGUGGUGAACACAACCUGGCAUCGGGAAGGCCGCUGCCGGAGUUCCAGCAGGAGGUGACAAGGAAUGCUGCCAUGCUUCCCUCCAUGCGGCGGGACCUGAUACUGCAAGCCGUGAGAAACGCACAGCUAGGCCCUUCGGCAGCCCUGAAGCCAUGUGGAAUUGACCUAGACUUCCAGAUGCUUGCCCUUACCGGCCGGCAGUUGGACACGCCAAAGCUCCGAGAUGGCAACGAUGUCAUGUGGAGCUCCACGAACUAUUCCAACAGUUUCAAGACCGUUUCCCCACCUAAGUUCAAUGUCUCCUGGGGCCUCUGGUGCUUCACAACACAGUCCACACCCAGUGACGAAGAUGUCAGCUCUUUCGCGGCUGAGUUCAAGAAGCGUUGCAAGGCGAAGGGCAUGAGCUUCGCAGACGCGAAGUUUGUGGAGUGGCCGCAAGAGGCCUUCUACUCAUAUUUCCGUUGCUAUAGGAACAGGGAGGCCUUCUCUUUGGAUAUGGGCAAUGCGAUCCGAGAUGAUCUCCAAAGGGUGGCGCAUGCGCACAAGGACCUCAAGCUGCUCGUUAUCCUGCUAGACAACAGUGAGGCAAUUACACAGCACAUCUACAAGCUCGUCAAGCUCAUCACAGAGACCGAGAUCGGCGCCUUCACCACGCAGUUCGUCAACUGCAAGAAGGGUAUCGCGGACGCGGAAAAGAAGCUCAACAACCUCAUGCUAAAGGUCGCCCCAAAAGUUCCUGAAAGGCUCACAGGGUCUAGGGCGGCUUUCAACGUGGCUCUGUCGGAGCCACACCCGCUUCUGUGGAAGGACGAGGGCACCGUGAUCAUGGGUGCUGAUGUGACCCACAAUGUUGCCGGCAUCAGCGUGGCUGGAGUUGUGGGUUCUGUGGACUCAAGCUAUGCAUCUUACUUUCACGAGAUCCGUGGGCAAUCGCCGUACACACUGAAUACCCUAAAGCAGCGAAAUCGCCAAAGCGAAGAGCGUAUCACUGACUUGUCCAGCAUGGCGCAAAGCAUUCUGGAGAAGUGGAGAAAUGUGAACAACAAGCUCCCCGAGACGAUCAUCUACUACCGCGACGGCGUCUCUGAUGGGCAGUUCAUCAACGUACUGAAGCGGGAGCUCAACUUGCUCGACAGUGCCUUCAAGAACAUCAGCCCCACGUACAGCCCGAAGCUGGUGAUCAUUGUUGGCCAGAAACGUCACCAGACCCGCCUGUGGAUGCAGGACGGCUUCCAAGAUGUCAAGGGAAAGGGAAAGGAGAAGGGGAAAGACGAUAAAGGCAAAGGCAAGAGCAAAGGAAAGGACACUGCACAGGUUCCUCCUGGUACAGUGGCCAGUGAGGGCAUUGCCGAGCCAUGCCGAGCCGUCGCAUUUGAGUUUCUUCCUGGUCUCGCAGCAAGGUAUUCAAGGCACGUCCGUGCCACAUCCUGCACAUGGACCAAAGGCUCGUGA